AGACAGAGAACCGCGAGAUCGUGAGCUUCUCAUUCCCGUGGCUGACUCCACCGAUGAAGAUGCUUCUUUCAAACCCUCUUCGUCUUCCUCUAUUUCGCACCACACCGGCCGCGAGUCUGACUUACUGUUUCUCGAGGCCAUUGGAGGACCAAACUCAGAUUCAGGUGCUAUCUUGUUUCUGAUGUUUUCCAUCAGUUCAAAAGAGACUUCUGGUGUUCUGAAUUUGACUUCUUUGUUACGUUAUGGCCCUUACAAUUUUGGAAUUGAGAAGAGAAAACGUGAGGGUGGACGACGUGGCCAUGGCUUGCUUGUUCAAUGCGUGUGCUCGGCUGGGCAACGUUGAGAUUGGGGAGCAAGGGCAUGGGUUUGUGAUGAAGGUGGGUUUGGGUUCUAGUGUCAAGGCUUGCAAUGGGGUCAUGGAUAUGUAUGUCAAGUGUGGCCUAUUGGGUAUGGCGAGACGGGUGUUUGAAGAGAUGGGGGAGAGGAGCGUCGUGUCGUGGACUGUGAUUUUGGAUGGUGUGGUUAAAUUGGAAGGUGUGGGAAGUGGGAGGAUGGUGUUUGAUAAUAUGCCUGAGAGGAAUGAGGUUGCUUGGACGAUUAUGAUUGUUGGUUAUACAUUUUCCAAAGUAGUUAGAAGUUGGGCAUCAAAAAAGUUCAUGACCGGAUGUGUGAUCCUGUUUCCGAUAGCAAUCACUUUCUAUAUAACGUGGUGGUUUAUUCACUUUGUGGAUAGCUUCUUCUCCCCAAUCUAUGCUCAACUUGGAAUCAACAUUUUUGGUCUUGGAUUUGUCACUUCCAUUACGUUCAUAUUUAUUGUUGGCGUGUUCAUGUCAUCAUGGUUGGGUGCGUCUGUCCUGGGCCUUGGUGAGUGGUUCAUCAAAAGAAUGCCGUUUGUUCGUCAUAUCUACAAUGCCUCCAAGCAGAUUAGUUCCGCCAUAUCCCCAGAUCAAAACACGCAAGCCUUCAAGGAAGUGGCCAUCAUAAGGCAUCCACGCAUUGGUGAAUAUGCAUUUGGGUUCAUAACUUCAUCGGUCGUCCUUCAGAGCUAUUCUGGAGAUGAAGAGUUGUGCUGUGUUUAUGUUCCCACAAACCAUCUUUACAUUGGCGAUGUAUUCUUGGUCAACACCAAGGAUGUCAUUAGACCAAAUUUAUCUGUACGGGAAGGAAUUGAAAUUGUUGUUUCUGGAGGCAUGUCAAUGCCCCAGAUCCUGUCAACACUCGAUAACCGGAUUAUGCCAAUGGAUAGCUGAGUGAAGGUGUUAGAUGUAGAAGAGUUGCUUCUUUAUUACCUUUUUUUUUUUGGUUCCUUAAUGUCAUCAGACUGGCCUUGCAAUCUAUGUGGUGCUUAUGCAGGAUUUAGAACCAGAUCGUCAAGGGUCAGAUUCUGGCGACAUUUGUAACAUCAGUUGUGAUGUCAGAAUGUAGAAUUUUAGUGUUUGCUUGAAAUAUAGUUUUGAUUGAUAAAAUGAUAUAACAGGCUUAUUUAUAGCCUUUUUUAUUUUCAGAUUGCUUCUCGACUUUUAGAA